AUGGUCCGCACCCGCGGCCGCUCCGCGCCCCGCUCCGGGCACCGCGCACCGCGGCACUCCCCGCCGGCAGCAGCGGCAGCCGCUCCGCGCGCGCCUCUCACUGGAGAUGCGGGGUGCUGUGAGCGGAGAGGCGGGCGCUCACCCUGCCGUCUGAUCCCGGUCCGGUACCUCUGCGGGCUCCGGCUGUCUCUGCCUCUCUCUGCCACAGUCCCCAAAGAGUUAUGUCACAACGAGCCUGCCCAUCCCUCACCUAGCUGGGCUCCAUCAGGAGGGACCUUCCUCUCGGAAUUGCCCCCUGUAGACCCUCACACUCGUCUUCCCAGGCAACUUUUACGGCAGCUGCAAAGCCGAAAGGAAAGCAACAAAUCAGUGCAACGUCUCUCGUUUUCAAAAGGAGGCGGGGGUAGGAGUUGCAGCCUGGUUGGGAGGCAGCACCUCAACCUGCGGGAGUAUCCCAGAACACAGACCUGUGAGUCGCUUUUUUUUGUUUUGGCACUGCACCCCGACCUGGCGCUGCCCGGCUGGGGCACGCAGCCUCAGAGGCAGUGUCCUGUGUCAACCACUACGAGCAGCCUUCAUUCACUUCUUGUCUACAGCCACCCCUGCCCAGAACUGCCAGACCCAUCUGGAGCUGUGGCCACCAGCACUGCCCGCCACCUUCAAGAAGCCAUAGAGCAGCCACAGAGUCCCCUUAGCCAGCAACAAAUACAAUCUUCUGCCAAAUUCUGAAUCCAUUGAUACCCCC